GGAGGAGCACCUUCCUUUUAGGAAAUGACCCUUCAGGCUCAGCCUCCUGUCCAUGCUUCUCUCCCGUGUGAGUGCAGAGAAGGUCCUGGGUUCUGUCUGCUGCUUCACUCUGGGGGUUUUGGACCUGGACCUGAGAGAGCCCAGAACCCCAGUAGCAGCAGAAGGGCCGGAGCGUCACACAGCAACUGUGGGUCGGCGUGACUCUGCCGUUCUGUCCCCUUGGAAGUGCAAGUGCUGCCCCUGGCUGGGAGUUUCCUUCGUCAUUUUCCUGCACAGAGUGCCUUCGAUCACACCUGUUGUGUGCGUGAAUCAGGUCUUCAUUUCUCAGAGGUACGCCAUGCGUUCUAGAGAGUUCUGUCUCUCAUAUGAAGUGCUUCCUACAGAAAGAACGAAUGUACAGCUCUUCAUGUUGCCAAAGCAUCGAGACACACUAAACCCACACAGGCACAUUCCACAGGGCAUUUUGAGUGGCUGGAGGCCAUGGCACCAGAGCCCGGGGUUGCACCUGCACCCUCCCAUGUGGGAAGUGGGCAUGACCAGAGGCAGAGACCAGACUUGGCAGCACGUGGUGAGGCUGCACAGCCCUGAGGAAGCUGCUAGGCCCCGACAGUGGGUGGCCCGGACAAUCCAGCCUGACAAAGAGCUGCAUUCCACCUGCGUUGGAGAUGGAUGCUGACAGAUGGCCGCACAGAAGCUUCUGCAGCCUGGUGCCCACCAGGCCCACAGAGGAAAAGGGUUCUGGAGUGAAAAGCCUCUUCUGGCACUCAAGAGGUGUCUGUGUGAGGGCAGGGCCCUGUUUGCCCCCGGGUGUCAGAAGAUAUGAAGGACCAGAGCUGGGCUUGGCCACUCCCGAGACAACCUCAGUGGACCCAGCACACAGCAUUCCCAGGCCGGGCUGGAGGGACUUUGAUGGAUCCUGUACACAGCAUCCCUGGGCUGGGCUGGAGAGACCUCACUGCACACACUGGAAGGGAUAUUGUUGUGUGAAUUGUUUUCUGAACACACCAUUUUCCUUACAGAAACUCCUAUUCAUCCUUCAAUCCCAGCUCACAGUCACCUCCUCCAGGAAGCCCUCCACCCUCCAUCACCGGUCAGUGUUGGGUGGUGUGCCUGUCUCCUCUUUGGACUGCGAGCUCCCCGGGGUCCUUGUGAUGUCUUUUCAUUGCUUUCCUCCACUUCCUGCCUGGUUCUUGGCACACACUGAGUGCUUAUUGAACACAUAGUCAGUAAAUUUAAAGGAUGAGAUGUACUGAAUU